CAGCCAAAUUCUGGUGAAUUGGACCCAUUAUAUGUAGUUGAAGUGCUACUACACUGCAGCAAAGAGAGUUUGAAAAAUUCUGCUACUGAGGCUGCAAAGCCAGCCAGACCUGAUGAGAAAGGAGAGAUGCAGGUUGUUCCUGUUUUGGUACAUCUUCUGUCAGCUAUCAGCAGUGUACGACUUUACAUACCAAAAGACCUGAGGCCUGUUGACAACAGGCAAAGUGUGUUAAAAUCUAUACAAGAAGUACAGAAGCGAUUUCCUGAUGGAGUACCAUUACUAGACCCUAUUGAUGACAUGGGCAUCAAAGAUCAAGGGCUGAAAAAAGUGAUCCAAAAAGUAGAGGCAUUUGAGCAUAGAAUGUAUUCACAUCCUCUUCACCAUGAUUCCAAUUUGGAAACCGUAUACAAACUUUGUGAAAAAAAAGCACAGAUUGCUGUGGAUAUUAAAGUGGCAAAGCGAGAACUGAAAAAAGCCAGAACUGUUUUACAAAUGGAUGAACUCAAAUGCCGCAAGCGUGUUUUGAGAAGACUGGGGUUUGCCACAUCUUCAGAUGUUAUUGAGAUGAAAGGACGGGUUGCUUGUGAAAUCAGCAGUGCUGAUGAACUACUCCUGACAGAAAUGAUGUUCAAUGGUCUCUUCAAUGACUUGUCUGCAGAACAGGCAACUGCAUUACUAAGCUGUUUUGUAUUUCAAGAGAAC